GAUUAUAAAAAAUCGAUAAUUAAUUUUGUAAAAAUCAGUAUUAACAUCGAUUUUUCCUUUUAAAAAAAUCGAUUAUUUUUUCACAUUCCUACCAGUGUCAUCUUUCGGUAGCCUAGCCAGACUAACCGUAUACGUACGGUAUGGUUUUAGAAUAAUAUCUGUAGUACGUACGUUUCGGUACAUAUUUUAAGGGAACAUAUUAUACAUAAACACAACAACAGUUUUUAAAAAUGAUUCACUAAUAAAAUGUUCUACUUACCAAAAUAUAGAAUUUUCAUAAUAAAUCCAAAUUGUUUAAAAAAAUGUCUAAUAAAACUAUUUUGAAGAUAAUAAGUAUUGUAUCUUUGUCAUGUUUACCGUAUUUAUUUUCACUGCGCGGCGACUUUGUUUUUGAUGAUUCCGAGGCUGUAGUAAAUAAUAAAGAUGUUACAUCUGAACACUGGCUCAACUGUUUUUACAACGACUUUUGGGGCUCGGACAUUAGCAGCAACUUAAGCCAUAAAUCUUAUCGACCUUUGACGAUUCUUACCUUCAGGUUCAACUACUUUAUAAAUGCCAAAAAAUUAUCUGCCUUUGGUUUCAAAUCUACUAAUCUUGUUUGUCAUGUACUGUGCACUGUAUUGGUAUAUUUGUCAAUGAAUGAUAUGUUGAAUACAAUGGCUCAUUUAGGAAAAAAUAAUGUGAAGGGAUUUGAUACGUCCUACAUAGCAUCCCUGUUAUUUUCUGUGCAUCCUGUACAUACAGAAGCUGUAUGUGGGGUAGUGGGACGAGCAGACUUGUUAGCUGGGACUACAUUCUUUUUAGUAAUCAUUUUUUAUAACAAAGCCAUGACUAACCAGAAUUACAGGAAUCUCAACUUGAUUGUGGCUAUGAUCAUAGCUGGAAUUUCUUUAUUGUUUAAAGAAAAUGGCAUCACAGUAUUGGGCUUUUGUUUCUUUUAUGAUGUUAUUAUUACAGUUAAUUUUAAAAGCAAGUGGAAGCACCAUAAGCUCAAUGGAUUUAGAAUUAAUCAUUUUAUUAUAAGAGCAACUGUUACUUUUUUUUCAAUAGUAUUAUUUUUAUAUUUACGUUGGACUGUGAUGGGAUCUGCAAAACCUACUUUCAGUGAAACUGACAAUCCUGCCGCAUUCUCAAAAGAUUUAUUUACAAGGACUCUUAUUACUGGCGCUAGUACUCACAGCAGUGCCAUUCCUGCCAGCUUCCAAUAUAUUCUACCCAGUUGGGUUUGUCAUAGCCGAGAGGAUUCUUUACAUCCCCUCCGCAGGCUACUGUCUUUUUGUAGCUAUCGGAUUUAAUAAAUUAUUGAGGAGGAAAAAGAUGUAUAAGACUGCCGUGUUUUUAUUCUGUAUAUUGAUAUUUUUUAAUGGACUUAAGUGUUUUAAGAGGUCUUUGGACUGGAAGAAUGAGUACCAACUGUUCUUAAGUGCUGUCUCAGUGUGUCCACUAAAUGCUAAGGUGCACUAUA